AUGAGAGUCGUAACCCUUGCAGGACUGUCGGUCCUGCUCAGCGCCAGCCCAGCUUUAGCGGAUGCGUAUGCUGCGGCAGCCCCCCCUGCGGAUAUAGUUGACUACGGUCGCCAUCAGCCCAUGGUGCGGCGCUCCGACAAUGAGACGGUACAGGCGUCGCCGACCGCCCUAGGAGUGCUGCCGUCAUUACUGGCCUCUAUAGCAAACGAGAUCGAAAGCAGGCUGGACCCCAUCAACAAGAAGACGACCUCCUCGACAACGUUAUCUGUCGCGACCAAUACAAAAUCUUCCUCUUCUCGCUCUUCAGCUACUGGCAAACUGCAUGGUUCCUCUAAAAGCAGCGAAACUGCUGCUUCCUCCGAUACCGCCGACAGCGCAUCUACUAGCGCCCCCCUUACUUCUUCUAAUACACGUUCCACUGAAUCGACCGAAUCUUCGGCUGUAACUUCAUCAACUGCCAAGAAAGGAACGAAAACUCCUACGAAGGGGUUGUCGGAGUCCAGCAGUACUAAAACGAUCGAUUCAGAGACUAUUAAACCACUUUCGGAACCUACCUUGUCAUCGGGCCAUUCUCACUCUAGGAAAACGUUAUCGAUACCGACAUCCUACCUGACAAAUACAGAAGCGAAACCUACACCUUCAGCGGAAACGUCAGAGGAAAUGUCAUCUACAACAGAUAAAUCGAAACAUAAAACGAAAAAGGAGAAACAUAAGUCAACCACCACAUCUGGAACCGACGCAAUAUCAUCCAGCGAAACUGACCUAUCAUCUACUAUUACCGAUGGCUUAUCGACCUUGACUACCCCUACCUCAGAUUCAAUGUCCCAACUAUCAGCCACUUCCUCGAUUGAUUCUUCUCUGAGUGGCAGUCAAAUCCCCUCAGCGACUUCGAGCCUAUCGAGCACAGGGAAAGCUACAAAUUCAGCAAUAUCUGCUUCACUUUCUUCUGGCACUUCAUCUACCAGCUCUGGAUCCCAUCUUCCCAGCGGCAGUCCUACAGACUCAUCUGUGUCUGGGAUACCAACGUCUGGUUUAACGAGCAGUUCUGCACAGUCAUCUGGAUCUGGGAUACCAACGUCUGGUCUAACGAGCAGCUCUGCACAGUCAUCUGCAUCUGGGAUACCAACAUCUGGUUUAACGAGCAGUUCUGCACAGUCAUCUGGAUCUGGGAUACCAACAUCUGGUUUAACGAGCAGUUCUGCACAGUCAUCUGGAUCUGGGAUACCGACGUCUGGUCUAACGAGCAGUUCUGCAGAGUCAUCUUCAUCUGGGAUACCAACAUCUGGUCUAACGAGCAGUUCUACACAGUCAUCUGGAUCUGGGAUACCAACGUCCAGUCUAUCGAGCAGUUCUACACAGUCAUCUGGAUCUGGGAUACCAACUUCCAGUCUAUCGAGCAGUUCGGAGAGCGCGGUUUCGGGAUCUCUUAUUUCAUCGGCGUAUAGUUCACUUUCUUCUAUUUCGAGCGACAAUAUUUCUAUCAGUUCAACCGAUAGCGCUGGAUCGUCACAUCUUUCUCACGCAUUACCGACGUCUAGUUCGGUAAUUAUACCUAUCAGCUCAACCCCAAUCCCCCAGGAACUCACCAUGACGGGUAAUAGUAGUCUGUCGACAGUGAGAUCAGGGACCGAAAUCUCAACUAUAUCGACUUCAGCUGUGACAUCAGUUUCGAGCACUAAAUCUGAGACUACGACUUCAGUUCCUUUGUCCACCUCCAGGUCUGCAAAUCACUCGGCUGUAAUUACGCCUAGUUCUAGCCCUCUCACUAUUUUGCCAUCAUCAUCUUCUACAACUGUCGUAAGUACCUCAGAGGGGCAUAAAAUCUCUUCCACGUUCAAUGGGUCUAUAUCAUCACAUACACUUGCCAGUCACUCCACGUUCAGUCUAACCAGCAGCUCAGUUUCUAUGUCUUCCUUUGUUACUUCAUCAUCACAGGUGCCAGAAGAAGUGACGCCCACCCCCCAAAGCACCGAGACUGAAUAUCCUCAAUCGACGAGGCCAUCAAACACAUCGACACUAUAUUCAAGUAGCCGUGAGACAUAUCCAUACACAACCACCUUGAGUUAUAUCCCAUCUACAACUUCAGCGGACAAGACCAGCGAGGAGUCUUAUUCAGCCCCGGAGGUAACGACGCUGGCUCCUUUGUCUGACUCUACACAAUCGUCACAGGCUUCCACUACUUUAUCAUCACAAGAUUCCACGACAUUGACCACGUCUAGUACAAGUACUAGACCAACUACUUGGGGUAAAAAUGCGCCAUCAGGUAAUUGGCUUCCAACAGUCAUAAUUACUGCAACCGAACAGGAAGUUGUUUCGACCGAAAGUCCCCAGAACACGCAGAGCAAACCCAAGCCUACUGCAACUCCAAAUAUCCAGACGCUACCUCAAGUUAUUGCUGCUCCCGAUCGUGUCACUCCUAAAAAGGACUAUACUUUAAUUACCAUUGGUUUCAAAAAGCAAUUGAAUUAUCCAUUCAUUGCAAUGAAUCCAUUUGCUAAUGCCCAAAUCUUUGAUUACUUACCUGGUAUAUUGAACUAUCCAUUCAACUUUGAAUAUGCUGAUAUCUCGGUUAUACAGUUGGUUCCACUAAAAGCUAACUCUAAAGAUUAUAUUGCGACGAUCGCGCAAGUGUAUUUCCCUUCGGAGAAGGUCGACGAACUUGCGAAGCUCGUGGUAGACACUAACAGUGAGCUCUAUUCCAGUUAUGACGCGAACAUGAAAGUUUUCGCUAGUUUGAUUGAUCCACAACUACCACUGACUGGUCUUGCAGGAAAGGGUUUUAGCUCCUCAGGAUCCACUACGCAAAACAAACCUCAUCCGGACGCUGAUAAUUCCAUAGGCCGUAGUGGCGCUCUGGGAGGCCCUUAUAACCCAACAAAUUCCAAGAGUGCCGCUGUUCCGAUGUCCAAAGCAAAGCUAACAGGCAUUGUAGUUGGGUCUAUCUGUGGUGUUACGCUGUACAUAGCCCUGAUGAUCGUUGGCGUUAGAUACUUCCUGCUGAGGUCUCGCGGAGGAGUGGAGCUGCAGGAUAACCACUCAUUCUAUUCUAGUAAUUCAGGCGGGUCUAGUGAUAUGAUUACCUCGUCUGAGAUCCCUCCAACUUUGUAUGACGACAAAAGUUUAUUCGUCACGGCGAACAAUGCUAGAAUGAUGCGCGCCAGUGUAACGCCGAGUAUGAAGGUUGAUAACUGGAUGGACUAUAACAACAGUGUGAACGGCCUGGGCGACAAUAAUGCUACACAUAGUUUCGUCAAUGGCAAAAUCACGAAGAUUAGCGGCCCGAUCGCUUCCGAGAAUUCACUGGGAUGGGAUCCAUAA